GAGGACUGUGCAAAGGUUAAAAAUUCUUCUCUUGGUAAAAGGCUACUUUUAAGCCGGAAUCUAAUAUAAAUACCUGUAUGCCAGAUCUGCAGUUCUCAUGUCUCAUAAGGAAAGCCAAGGGUAAGUGUGGGACUCAAAACGGUGAUGAUGGUUGAAGUUAAGAGGAAGGAGCCGGACACCGAAACCAGUCCCGGAGAUGACACAACAAGGCAUACUAAGAAGACAAAGGUCCAACCAGGUGAAACCUUUUUCGCAGGUAAGGUCACAGCCAACAUCAACACAUCAUCUCCGUCGUUUACUCCUUCCGCAUGUAAAGAUAUUCAGCCAAUGCUUGACAGCGAGAAAACGCCAUCCUCGGACUCCAAGGGUUCAGCGGGAAACGCUGCACCGUCUAAUUAUUCAUCAAUCGUUGACCCACAUUCUCCCCAAGGAAAUGGCAGUCCACAAUCUCAACCCUCCGUCUCGACCAAUCGUAGCAUAUCAGACGUUGAUUCAGCGGUACAAAUGUUAGAGGCAGGGUCAGGGGUGACUGUACAUGUGGACCUUGAUGAGCGCGUCGGAGAAUAUGUUGUGAAGAUCAAGAGGAGCAUUAAUUCAACUGCAGAAAAUGAACAUAAAUUGGAAGAGACAAAGCAAUUGGCUGAAAGUGCUGGAAUGUUGUUAGUUCAAGCUGAGGUCCUUCGUCACAUGGGAGAGCAACUACUUGUUAAGUACAGAGAAUCGGUUCAACGUGUAAUCCGAAAGCCUGCGCUCAGAAUUGAUUUCUCACCAUGAGUAACUUUCCUACGUUCAUUCUGCCAUUCUGGGAUAAAACUUAGGUUGACUAAGUCAGGUGAUUUUUGAGUUAUUUUUUAAUGAAUAUUAAAAUUUUAUCUCGCCAAUUUAUAUGAUAAUAGACGUUUUAUUGAUGUAAAUUAUUGAGAUAAAAUUUUAAUUUUUAUUAAAGAAUAUCAUUAAAAACACUGAGUUAUGUCUUAUUUUUUAUUAUGUUUUUUCUGUUAAGAAGUAUCUUGCCUCUGAUCCGAUUGCAUUGAAUUACUAGGAUAUUAAGAUGUUUCUCCACUAGCUGGGUGGAGAUCGUAGAUCUAGGUCGUUGUUGUAAAAUAACAUGGUGAUGUACCUAAGAAGUAACAUGGGUAUGGUUCUGAUCUUUUACUUUUGAAUUCGAUUUAAUAAAAGUGUUGUUUUGUUAAA